CAUCUUCGCUUUGAUCUCUCCCGCGCCACUUUCCCCUCCUCCCUGCGGCUAGCAAAGCAAAGCAGCAGCGAGCCACCAUUGCGGUUGGUUGCUGGCCUCCUUGGCCAAAGCAGAAAAGGCUUCUCCUUCUCCACCACACACGUCGUACGUCGUCACAGGUUCGUCGUCGUCGGCGCAGGUAGAUGCGUAAUGGGAGCAGCAGCAGCAGCUCGUGUUGCUCUUCUUCUUCUUCUCCGGUGGGGUUGUACCUGCAGCAAGUGCUUGGCUCGAAGGCUCCUGCUCAUGGCCAGCGGCUUGGUAGCAGCUCCUCCUCCUCCUACUGCCCUCGUCCCAUGGCGGAGCUGCUACAGGUGACGUGGUUGCCCGCGGCGGCCGGCGGCGACGGCGGCGGUCUCCUCCACGCCCUGGCCUCCCUCAACUUUCUCCUCCUCCUCGCCUACCUCCUCCUCUUCCUCCUCGCCAAGCUCUUCGCCCGCCUCCACCGCGCAAGGGAGCGUCGUGGCCAUGACAACCGUGCGGAGAGUAACUCCGGGAGGGAGGAGGGCGUGGCCGCCGCCGACGUCCACCUCGCCGGAGGGGAGCGGCAGCAGGCGGCGGACACGCUCUUCUGGUUCGACGAGGCCGUGUUCGAGGACACCGCCCUGCUUGGCCUUGACGAUCACGGAAAGAAUCAUCACCUUUUGUACACUGGUGCUGCUGGUGGGACGGCUGCGCAACUUUGCUUGGAGGUGGCGGAGACCCGCUGCGCCUUCCACACGGCCCCGCCGGAAUCCGCCGACCGCAUCCCGUUCUCGCCGCCUGAGGAGGUGGAGGACCACCGCGUAGAAAGUGAUGCCACCGCCGCCACCGAGGUCCAGGGGCAAGAAGAGGGCACGGUCGACGUGGCCGCCUCCGUAGCCGACGACGGCGUCCCCGUGGCGGCUGACGACGGGUAUCCACAGAAUAUUCCGGUCGCCGCGUCGGCGUCACUGCCGAAGACUGUUUCCGUUCAUGGCAAUCUCCUAGAGAAGCAACGAAGCAGAGGAGGAGGAGAUAAUGACCGUGGUCGCCGCGACGGUGAUCAUCGUGAAGACGGGCAUGGCGUAGAAGAAGAGCCAGGGGAGGAGGAGAAGGCCGGCGGGUUUCCAGACAUGAAGCGGCUGGUGAACAGCCACGCGCUGGCCGACACGAAGAAGCUGGUGCUGGACGGCGGCGCCCGGUUGCGGCCGCGGCGGGAGGAGGAGGACGGGGACAGCUGCCGGUUCGGCGCGUCGACGCUGACGAGCGAGUCGACGUCCAAGAGCUCGGUGGAGUGGCAGAGCUCCACGGUGACGACCGGCAAGGACGCCUACUCGGACCUCUUCUCGUCGUCGUCGCGCCGGAGCUCGGCCAGGUGGGAGUCCUACACGCUCUUCCGCAAGUACGACGAGGACAUGGUCUACUUCCACCGCGUCGGCGCCCAGAAGCUCACCGAGACAGAGUCGUUCAGGUCGAUCAAGUGCCAGCCGCGGUCGAUGUCGCAGCGGAUCACGCACAAGCUGUCCAUGGCGGCGCCGAGGCCGAAGCCCGCGUCGGCGGAGGCGCCGGCGAUCGGGCUGCGCGACCCUUACCCGGAGCUGGAGCGGGUGUACGUGGCCCAGAUCUGCCUCACCUGGGAGGCCCUCAACUGGAACUACACCACCUUCCGGCGCCACAACGGCGGCGGCGUCGGCGGCACGAUGAUGCUGGAGGCGCGGUGCUGCCCGGCGCGGGUGGCGCAGGAGUUCCAGCAGUUCCAGGUGCUGCUCUACCGGUUCAUCGAGAACGAGCCCUUCGAGCACGGCCGCCGGCCCGAGGUGUACGCCCGGAUGAAGAACUCCUCCCCGAAGCUGCUCCUCGUCCCAGAGUUCAGAGAGGAGGAGGAUGAGAAGGACGACCUGAUAUCGGCGGUGCAGUUCCUGCACAUCCUGGAGGAGUCGAUCAGGACGUUCAUGACGUUCCUCCGCGCCGACAAGCGGAGCCACUACCAGAUGUUCAGGGAGAUGGUCCGGCGGAGGACGAGCGCCGCCGACCAGUCGAUCGCCAUCACCCUUAAGAGAACCAACAAGGCCAAGAAGAGCCGGCUCAAGGACCUGAGCCGGCCGCGGCGGUGCCUGAAGCGGAUCAAGGUGCGGGAGGAGGAGGAGGUGGCGGUGCUGCUGGGGCUCAUCGACCUCAAGGUGGUGGCCCGGGUGCUGCGCAUGCCGGAGAUCACGGACCAGCAGCUGCACUGGUGCGAGGAGAAGAUGGGCAGGCUCAGGGUCGACCCGCAGCAGGGCACCAUGGAGCGAGACCCCUCACCCCUCUUCUUCCCCGCGCACUGAUGAGAUCGACCUCCCAUCACAAAACCUCCAUGGACACUCUUUUGACUGCAACCUACUUUUUUUUCUUCUUUUUCUUUAUUAUUCUUCCGUUCACUUUUAUUUUAUUUCCCUUUUUCUUUUUUCUCAUGUAUGUAGUAGUGUCAAAAAGAUAAAGCUGUAUGAAUAUGCAACGCACGCAGCCGCUAGCUAGCUAGCUACCAUACUUGUGGUAGUGUAUAAUAUACUACUGUCUACUGUGUAUAAAAAGAAGUGAGAUCUAUCGAUCGGACUAGCUAGAGAUGACGACGGUGUUGUAAAGGCGUAAUGUAUAUCUAUCCGUAGAAAAAUAAGAUCAGAUCAGAUCGGCC